AUGAUCGUCGAUCGUAAUCAGCUGUUAGCUCGCCUUAUCGUGACCCUCUGGGCACUUUGCCAGUUGACCGAAGCCGUAGUUCAAUGUCCAGCGAACAGUUUCGGACACAGACUAGAAUGUGCUUUUGAAUGUUGCCAAUCAUUUGAAGGGGAUGACCAGGGGCACUACUGUUGCGGACACGAGGAGAAGAACUUGCAAGAGCGAGGAGCUGAAAGAAGAUCAGAACGCUUUGUAGCCUAUGGAAACACAUUCCAAGUUGACUAUACGUUACUGGUCAUCGGAUUGAUUGUUUCCAUCAUUUUGUCAAUUCUUUGUUCAUUCUUCUGCUGCUUGUUAUGUAACGGCUGCUGGCUUCACAGAAGAAGAAAUCCUCAGAUGUAUGAGAGCGUGAACGAGCGAGGAUGGUAUCCAAUCUGCUGUGGAUUCGGAAUUCCACUUGGGACGGUAGUCUUCUCCACUCAUCCUCCACAUUAUCGGGAAGACAGUGAGAUGUAUCAUGGAUCAUCCACUUCCAGUUUACCCUCUUCGAAGCAAAGAGUUCGAUUCAAUCCAGAUGGCACUCCACGAGGUGUAUUGAAGAAUGGUCAUGAUGCGCCUCAAUACAGAGAUUAA